AUGGAUGCCUUUGGCCAAGAGCUGGAGCUCGAUUCGAAUGAGAGAGUAGAGGAGGAAGACGAUCAGGAAGUCAAACUUGAGGCAUUCAACCUUGAACAGGAGACGGAGGAAGGGGUGUUCGAUCAAGACGGCAAUUAUGUGCGGACCAAGGAAGAAAGCGAAGACGAGUACUGGCUAGACGAGGUGAAAAAAGAAGAUAUAAAGAAAGCUCGUGCAGCCGAAUUGCGACAGGAGGAGGAGAGGCGGAAACAGCAAGAUGACAAGGCUCGGCGAUUGCGGUCUGCCAACGUCAACGAGGUUAUAGAGAAACUCUGUGAGCUGAUGGAGCCCGCGGAAACUGUGGUCGAAUUGCUUCAGCGGCUAAAUGGUGAGUCCAGAAGGUUAAGGAAGAAAGGUCAGAAGGAGCAUGAAAAAUGUGUGCGGGAGCAAAUUACGCAAGUGAUGAGCGCCGUUGAGGUGCUGGAAGAUGGAUUUUCAGAAAUCUACCAAGUUUCAAGAGAGGAGCUGAUGCGAAAGUUGCCCGCUGCCUCGGGCUCUGAACGCAAACGAAAAAGAGAGGACGAAAGUGCCAAUGUGUGGUAUUAUAGAUGGCCGGGACAGGAAGAAAUAUAUGGCCCCUAUGACUCAGCCACAAUGGAAGCAUGGCGCGAAACAUAUUUUAUCGAUAACCCGGUCGAGUACCGAAAAGGCAAUGAACCAUUUAGAUUGCUCGAUGAUUCCACAAUGUUCCUGUAG